AUGACAAGUUCAAGUGUUGCUGGUGAGCGUGGUUCUUACAAGAGAAGACUUGAAGAUGUGAUCGACAAGGAAGCAACUGAUCAACUAGAGAUCUUUAAGAAACAGGCCGAUCGAAAGUUGAAACUAGAAAAUGCGAUUAAAAGACGAAAAACGGAAGCGCGACGAAAGUACCGCAAAGAACGAAAAGAGCAGAAGGAUAAGGAGAUGGAAGCAAGUGCUGUCUACAAAGACCUUUACAAAAGAAUGAUGAAGGCAGCAACCGAUAUCGAAGACGCAAGAGAGGCUUGCCAUGCUUUGGACGAGGCGUUUCCAGAGUUUGCCAAAGAGAUAGAGGAGGAGGAAAACGAUGCCUCAAACAACAAUGGACAACGCUCAGCGACGGAAUCUCCUCUUUUUUAA